AUGCCUCCAAAGAAGCAGCCGCAGAAGGAAGGCGGGGGCAAGAAGCCCUCCGCAACCAAGAUUGUGGAGGAUAGAACAUUCGGGAUGAAGAACAAGAAGGGUGCGCAGAUGCAGAGGCAAAUUGCCCAGAUGACACAAUCUGCGAAAGCUGGAGGAACACCCGAAGAAAAGAAGAAGGCCGCCGAAAAGGCCCAGCGAGAGAAAGAAAAGGUGGCGUCAGAAGCUGCAGCAAAAGAGGCGGCAGAACUAUUUAAACCUGUCCAGGUGCAAAAGGUCCCAUUCGGCGUGGAUCCAAAGACCGUCCUGUGCCAGUUUUACAAAAAGGGCCAUUGUGAAAAAGGACGAAAGUGCAAGUUUUCACACGAUUUAAAUAUCGAACGGAAAGCACAGAAAAAAGAUCUUUACCAAGAUACUCGAGAGGAAGAAGAGGAGACCAAGAAGAAAGAGACGUCGGACGAUUGGGAUGAAGAGAAGCUACGGAGUGUAGUAUUGUCCAAGAAGGGUAAUCAAAAGACUACCACAGAUAAAGUCUGCAAAUUCUUUAUCGAUGCUGUUGAAGAGGGAAAGUAUGGUUGGUUCUGGACAUGCCCGAAUGGAGGGGAUAAGUGCAUGUAUCAGCAUAAGCUGCCACCUGGGUUUAUUUUGAAGACCAAGGAGCAACGUGCUGCAGAAAAAGCACUUCUGGAUAAGUCGCCACUCAAAACACUCACACUCGAGGAUUUCCUGGAAUCGGAACGACAUAAGCUUACAGGAACACUUACCCCUGUUACCCCAGAAACAUUUGCCAAAUGGAAAGCGGAACGAAUGGAUAAGAAACAAGCUGAGCAACAAGCCCAGGCCGCUAAGGAAGCGACAGGUCGUGCUUUGUUUGAAAAAGGAGACUGGAACGCCAGUGGUGAUGAAGAUGAAGACGACGAUGGAGAUGAAUCAGAUGAUGAUUUGGAGAAGUUGCGACAGGAAACAGAGGCACUUCGAGCGAAGAAAGAGGCCGAGCGACUUGCUGGAUAUGGUCACGCCUACACAACGAAUGGGGAUAACGGGGUCCUCGGAAGUGUUGAACCAGAUAUCCAUGGUGCAGAUGAUGAGAGUGGCCCAUCUUAA